AUGAGGGAGCAGCAGGGAGGAGGUCGGUGUCAUCAGGGAGCAGCAGGGAGGAGGUCAGUGUCAUCAGGGAGCAGUAGGGAGGAGGUCAGUGUCAUGAGGGAGCAGCAGGGAGGAGGUCAGUGUCAUCAGGGAGCAGCAGGGAGGAGCAGGGAGGAGGUCAGUGUCAUCAGGGAGCAGCAGGGAGGGGGUCGGUGUCAUCAGGGAGCAGCAGAGAGGGGGUCGGUGUCAUCAGGGAGCAGCAGAGAGGGGGUCGGUGUCAUCAGGGAGCAGCAGAGAGGAGGUCACUGUCAUCAGGGAGCAGCAGGGAGGAGGUCAGUGUCAUCAGGGAGCAGUAGGGAGGAGGUCAGUGUCAUGAGGGAGCAGCAGGGAGGAGGUCAGUGUCAUCAGGGAGCAGCAGGGAGGAGGUCAGUGUCACGAGGGAGCAGCAGGGAGGAGGUCAGUGUCAUGAGGGAGCAGCAGGGAGGAGGUCAGUGUCAUGAGGGAGCAGCAGGGAGGAGGUCGGUGUCAUCAGGGAGCAGCAGGGAGGAGGUCAGUGUCAUGAGGGAGCAGCAGGGAGGAGGUCGGUGUCAUGAGGGAGCAGCAGGGAGGAGGUCAGUGUCACGAGGGAGCAGCAGGGAGGAGGUCAGUGUCAUGAGGGAGCAGCAGGGAGGAGGUCAGUGUCAUCAGGGAGCAGCAGGGAGGAGGUCGGUGUCAUCAGGGAGCAGCAGGGAGGAGGUCAGUGUCAUGAGGGAGCAGCAGGGAGGAGGUCGGUGUCAUGAGGGAGCAGCAGGGAGGAGGUCAGUGUCAUCAGGGAGCAGCAGGGAGGAGGUCGGCGUCAUGAGGGAGCAGCAGGGAGGAGGUCAGUGUCAUCAGGGAGCAGCAGAGAGGAGGUCAGUGUCAUCAGGGACUAGGUCAGUGUCAUCAGGGAGCAGCAGGGAGGAGGUCAGUGUCAUCAGGGAGCAGCAGGGAGGAGGUCGGUGUCAUCAGGGAGCAGCAGGGAGGAGGUCAGUGUCAUCAGGGAGCAGCAGGGAGGAGGUCAGUGUCAUGAGGGAGCAGCAGGGAGGAGGUCGGUGUCAUGAGGGAGCAGCAGGGAGGAGGUCAGUGUCAUCAGGGAGCAGCAGGGAGGAGGUCGGCAUCAUGAGGGAGCAGCAGGGAGGAGGUCAGUGUCAUCAGGGAGCAGCAGAGAGGAGGUCGGUGUCAUCAGGGACUAGGUCAGUGUCACCAGGGAGCAGCAGGGAGGAGGUCAGUGUCAUGAGGGAGCAGCAGGGAGGAGGUCGGUGUCAUGAGGGAGCAGCAGGGAGGAGGUCAGUGUCAUCAGGGACUAGGUCAGUGUCAUCAGGGAGCAGCAGGGAGGAGGUCAGUGUCAUGAGGGAGCAGCAGGGAGGAGGUCGGUGUCAUGAGGGAGCAGCAGGGAGGAGGUCGGUGUCAUGA